AUGUCUGUCACUUGCACAAGGCACUUUAUGGUCUACGACAAGCUCCACAGGCAUGGUAACUACACCAUUCUCGUGUUACUAUAUGUGGAUGAUCUUAUCAUCACUGGAACCCAUGAUCACCUACUUUCUCGGCUCAUUAGACGUCUUUCUUCAGAAUUUGACAUGAAGGAUUUGGGAGCUCUUAAUUUCUUCUUAGGCAUGCAAGUUGUGCGAAAUCAUGAUUCACUUAUUCUUUCUCAAACUCAAUAUGCACUCACUCUUCUUCAUCGGUUUGGUCUCUCUGGUGUUAAACCUAUUAAAAGUCCUCUCGAAGUCAAACUUCAACUCUCAUCUUCAGCCCCAGAUCCUCUUCCUGAUCCUACGAUCUACCGACAGAUGGUUGGCUCCCUUCAGUACUUAACGAUGACACGUCCGGAUCUUACUUAUGCAGUCAAUCAUGUGUGCCAAUUUAUGCAAAAGCCAUGCUCCUCUCAUCUUGCUGCUGUCAAGAGGAUCUUCCGCUACGUCAAAGGUACUCUAUCCUUAGGCCUUAUAUUUUCUAAGGAUGCUUCUCUUCAGAUCCGUGCCUUUUUAGACGCAGACUGGGCCGGUUGUCCAGACAGUCGACAUUCAACAACGGGAUAUGCAGUGUUCUUGGGGCAAAAUCUUCUUUCUUGGGGAUCUAAGAAACAAUCUACUGUCUCUAGAUCUAGUGCAGAGGCUGAGUAUCGCGCAUUGGCUUCCACAACUACUGAGGUUCUUUGGUUCUUACAUAUGCUUCGGUUUCUCAGAUUUCACCUGUCCAAUCCUCCAUUAAUUCUAUGCGACAAUAUUAGCGCGAUCUAUAUGUCCAAAAACCCGGUCUUCCACAGCAGGACUAAGCACUUUGACAUCGAUGUUCAUUUCAUACGUGCUCAUGUCCUUCGAGGUGCAAUCACUCUCUCUCAUUUACCCGGCAAAGUUCAAGUCGCUGAUGUCUUCACUAAAUCUCUCCCUAGUCCUCUCUUUCUCUGGCUAUGGGACAAGCUCUCCUUACGGGAUAACCCGUCGUGA